AUGAUCUUCACGCUGCGACAGCUACAAGAAAAAUGUCGUGAGCAACACCAACCGCUCUAUUUGGCCUUUAUCGACCUAUCCAAAGCCUUUGAUCGUGUCUCGCGAGAGCUCCUCUGGGAUAUUCUCGCCCAGUAUGGAUGCCCAGAUAAGUUCAUCCGGAUCCUCAAACUCCUCCACGACAAUAUGCACGCCAGAGUCCAGACCGACGGAGUGAAGCAAGGCUGCGUGAUAGCGCCAACUCUCUUUACCAUCUUUAUCGCGACAGUGUUGCACAUCAUACGAGAUGACCUUCCACCUGGCAUCGAGAUCUCGUACAGAAUGGACGGCAAGCUUUUCAACCUCGCUCGCCUCAAAAGUACGUCAAAGACAAUAGCGCGAAGCUUGCUAGACUUCCAAUAUGCCGACGACAACAGUGUAGCAGCUCACAGAGAGUAUCACCUCCAACAGAUCCUAAAUGCUUUUCAUCAUGCAUAUACUAAACUUGGACUGAGCAUCAACAUCAAGAAGACUCACUUACUCUACCAAUCUCCUCCCAAUGCCCGUGUUUACGACCCGCCAUCGAUUCAACUCGAAGGAAUUCCACUGGAAAAUGUGAACCAUUUCUGCUACCUUGGGAGCCAUCUGUCAGCAAUGGUAGACCUCAGCGAUGAAAUCCAACACCGUCUGAAGUGUGCAGGAACAGCUUUCGGCAAGCUUCGAACAAGAGUUUUUGCUGAUCGGGACAUCCGAACCGAAACCAAACUCAUGGUGACAAUUCGCCGUAAGGAACUUCGUCGUAGGACAAUUGGCCAUAGGGCUAUUCGCCGUAAGAGAAUUCGCCGUACGAUAUUUCGCCGCAAGGACAUUUUGUAG